UAGUUGGCCGUGUUCUCAGACCACGAAACUAUUUUGUUUUAUUCUAGGUGAACCUGCUGAAGCAUACAUUGGAGAGAAAUCGCAAAAAUGUAAGGGAAAAACAUUCAGACAGAAUUUUAUCGUCCUAUAUCAUACAGAGGGAUAUCUGGGAUGGAACCAGGCAUGUGACAUUUGAAUUGUCACUUAGCCAACAGUAAAAUGACGUGUUUCAAAAUUCCGAUUCUAACCGAUGAUAUGGGAUUUUAAAGUAAUUCCUGGAAUUUCUUUAUGGAUAAAGGAACAUAUUCCACCUGGAUGUAUUGAGUUUGUACAUAAAAAAAAUAAUCAUGUGCUUUUAUAAAUCAGAAUAAUAUCAUCAUAAAGGACUUUUUUAAUACUUUUUCACAAUGGCACAAAUUCUAGCGGAGUCGCCAAUUGGACGCGGAAGGUUCUUACAACCUCUUCCUGCACUUCGGGAGCAAUCGAAACUCUCGGAUGUUCCGUCGUUGAAAAAGAUACAUCAAAGAAAGAAGUCGAGAAGAUCUUCCAUGAUUAACAUACUCCGACAGGAUUUAAAAGAGAUAGACUCCCUACCGGCUGUUCGGAAGUAUCGAUAUUCAUUAGACAGUGCAAUGGACGAUGCGCAAUCAGAAGUCUUCUCGACAUUAAGUACAAGUCGUGUCCAUCGUAGACGAAGCUCUUUCCUCGAUAAAGCUGCUCGCCGUCGUUCAUCUACCUUAUCGGACAGUUCGGGGACUGAUAUUCAAGUGACAGAGUAUGAAAUGAAGAAGAUAGCAAUGCUCCAGUCCCUGAAUUCAAUGGGCACGAAACUUCCAAACCGGAACCGGAACCGCCAGAUGUCCACCACUAAUGAAGUGGCGAUGUACGAGGAACUUGCCUUAAAGAAGAAGACAAGUCUAACGAACAGGAUGCUAGGGUUUUCAACAAAUAGAAGUACAAGACCGCGACGCCGAAGUCAUUCGAACGAACGGACUUCGCAAUCUACACCUGUGAAGACACCAGAACCGACACAGGAAAACAAGGAAAAAAUGAAACAAAUUGUCGACGUAAUGAGAAAAAAGUCUAACUCCUCACCAGUCACGGCUUCCGGUCCGACAAAACGUCCAUCUUUAACAGGGUCGGAUCCUGGAAGCGAGAUUUUUAAUAAUUUCCGUCGAAAACUGAUUCGGAAAAGGAAGGGAAGGCCAUUCCAGAGGUUUCGACGUCUAGCCAAAUUUUUGGUCGUGUUACUGAGAGCCUGGAGAAUUCACUCCCAGUCCGUGGGUGAAAUCCUGGGACAUUUUGACACUUUGGAUGCCAUGACAAAUUCAGCGGGGGCUUCCAAUCUACUUUUUGACAUUACCGACUACAAAGCUUCAAAACAGGCUAGCGUGUCUAAUGAAACAAGAAGGAUACUUGAAAAACGACCCAAAGAAAGGACAGAAGAGGAGAUUCACUACUUACAGACGGCGCUGAGGAACUACAAAUCUAUAGCAGAGUACCCUGUCAGGAUGCAAAAACUCAUCGCUCAGAGAGCCUGGCUGGAAUCAUACAGCGCUAAACGAGUGAUAGUAAGAGAGGGACACAUAGCUCGUGGCUUUUACUUCAUUCUGACAGGAGCAGCUGUCGUCUCAAUGAUGGACACUAAAACCAAACAGGCAAAGACCGUACUUUUUCUGAACCGAGGAGACAGCUUCGGGGAGCAGGCGAUAAUGACACAGUCCUUACGUCAAACUACGGUCAUAUCACGUGAACAGAUAGAACUGCUUGUCAUGGGUGACACGGAUUUUGUGGAUAUCUUCAUGUCUGGCGGCCUAAGAGAUCCUAACGAUCCCUUCCUUAGAUCUAUCCCAUUUCUGGAAGAUUGGCCGAUGGAAAAACUAGCAGAACACCCGAAGAAAGCAAUACUUAGUUAUUUUAAGAGAGGGACCAUCCUUGUACCUGACAGUAAACAUAGCGAGUGGUUGUUUGUGGUCAAGUCGGGAAGCUGCAGCAUAUUCAAGAAGUUGGAACACGUGGAUGCAAAAAAGUUCAAAAGGCCUACUCGACCGUUGGAGUAUAGAGAUAAAUUGGUGGAGGCGGCAAAGAAUGAUAAAGUCAUAUCACAUGAAGAUCAGAUAACUCUGCUACGGGAAGACGAAAUCAAACGACUCGAGCAGAAAAAUCUCUACUUCCGCUUUUAUGCACUUCCGGAAAUAAACAUUGCUACCAAUGCUGCCUAUCAAGAACUGAGGAAAUUACACUUUGAGCAUAUAAACCAGAACAGCAUCACGCGAGCGAUAGGGAACUUAGGAGCAAUGUCUAUGCACGGUGGGGACACCGAGUCCGUUGUGACUGAGGCUGAAUCUAAGUAUAGAGAACAUGCUCAGGAGGAGGUCAAAAAUUUCCGGAAAAAAUCCAUCGCUAACCUGCACAAUUUAGUCGCAAAGGGCCCUUACCUAAAGCCUAAACAACUAAUUUCCGAGGACGGUAACCGCCCUUCGUCUACAACCACAUAUGCAGACGAUUUUGAGACCGAGCUGGAGUGGAGGAGGAAACAAGUGACCAUCCGUUCGGAUACACCGGAGAGUAUGCCCCCGGCGCCACAAGAAGACCCGCCGACGUUUAUUGAAGUUCGAGUCCUUCAGAAAGGAAUGUCAUUUGGAAUAGAAGAACUAGUUUUUGACAACCAGCCUGGAUUCAGCCUCGUCAGCAAUGGCGUGGAGGUUAUGAUGAUUAAUAAGAAAUUCUACCAGGAAUACCUCAAUAAUGAUAUGCUCGUCAGAUUAAUGGGAAAGACAUAUCCUUACCCUUCCGAUUACGACCUGAAAAAGAACCUGGAACUUCAGUUGUCUUGGGACUAUCAUCGAAAGGCGGAGGUGAAUAAUACCCUCAGAGAAAUCCAACUGAAGAAGGCCACGCCAGGGGAUGCAAGAGCAAUCUUAAAAAUCCCCGCAGAAAUCAAAUGAUCAGGAAAAGUGUAAUAAACGUUUGAUUAAUUACAACGAUAUCCUGACAUUGAUAAAUUUGAAAUGCAAAUUAAGGUUCAUCAUUGUAUUAACAUUGUACAUGUAUCCUAAACCACCUAUCAGAGGAUGACCAAUAUUGUACAUGUAUCCUAAACCACCUAUCAGAGGAUGACCAAUAUUGUACAUGUAUCAUAAACCACCUAUCAGAGGAUGACCAAUAUUGUACAUGUAUCAUAAACCACCUAUCAGAGGAUGACCAAUAUUGUACAUGUAUCCUAAACCACCUAUCAGAGGAUGACCAAUAUUGUACAUGUAUCAUAAACCACCUAUCAGAGGAUGACCAAUAUUGUACAUGUAUCCUAAACCACCUAUCAGAGGAUGACCAAUAUUGUACAUGUAUCCUAAACCACCUAUCAGAGGAUGACCAAUAUUGUACAUGUAUCAUAAACCACCUAUCAGAGGAUGACCAAUAUUGUACAUGUAUCCUAAACCACCUAUCAGAGGAUGACCAACAUUGUACAUGUAUCAUAAACCACCUAUCAGAGGAUGACCAACAUUGUACAUGUAUCAUAAACCACCUAUCAGAGGAUGACCAACAUUGUACAUGUAUCAUAAACCACCUAUCAGAGGAUGACCAAUAUUCACUGACAAGCACAUCAGGACAUAUUAUAUGUAAGAUAUUAGACUAUUCAAUAGGAAUUUUAAUGUGGAUAUGUUAUCUAUUUGUUCCCUCACAUAAAAAGGGAGGGGAUAUUGCUGUGAUAUAGGUGUCAGAUGUGCUAUAAGACUAAAACCCCUAUACUUUCAAUGAUAGGACAAUGGCAGAUAUUUCAAGGUGACCAUUGAGUCCGUGAUGAAAGGAGAAAAAACACCAUAUAUUCGCUGACAGAUAAUUCACCUUUUCAAUAUUUGGUGAUAAGGGCAUUGUUUGAUUUGAUAAGCUGAGCAAAUAUUCAGUGUUAAGGACAGCAAUGUGAUUUUCUAGCGUGCUGUCUCAUAAGUGAUUGACUGAAAGAGAAGAAACAAUAAUUUUUGAAAUGGCCAUUUAUUUACGUAUGACAGCCAGUUGUAACUCACUUAAAGGAAGCCACUCGCACAUUCUAUAGAUGAUGCUGCUGCUGCCGAUGUAUAUAUGUUAACGAUUAUUCUGUGAAUAUGUUUACAUAUAUAUCUUUAUGCCCGUCUUCCUGCCUGCUUGAGUUUGUUUUCCAUUUUUACAGUGAUUGUUAAAUAAAUAUUUUACUACAUACA